AUGUCCGCAACAGCUGCUCGCCCCGACCCAUUCCGCCCCGCCAAGCGGGUAGCAGGACAGCGCCAGGAUGUCUGGUCAAUCGUCAAUGAGGCGGCAGCUGCAUCGCCUGUCCAGCCCAUCGUGAACAUGGGCCAAGGGUUCUUUGGCUACAACCCUCCCAAGUUCGCUAUCGAUGCGGCUAAGGAUGCAUUGGAUCGUGUCGAAUGCAACCAGUACUCCCCCACCAAGGGCCGCCCCCGCCUCAAGCAGGCCAUUGCGGACGCAUACUCGCCCUUCUUCGGCAAGAAGCUGAACCCUGAGACCGAGGUCUCAAUCACAACGGGCGCAAAUGAAGGCAUGCUCAGUGCCUUCAUGGGCUUCAUCGAGCCCGGUGAUGAAGUCAUCAUCUUUGAACCGUUCUUUGACCAGUAUGCAACUUCACUCUUGCCAGAAGACCAGCUUAUUAACUUGGUGAACAGGUAUAUUAGCAAUAUUGAGAUGCCCGGCGGUACUAUCCGUUAUGUGCCCCUCCACCCGCCCAAGGACGGUGCCACCCGAACCUCUCCUGCGUCCGAGUGGACCAUCAACUUCGAGGAGCUCGAGAAUGCCAUGAACUCCAAGACCAAGAUGAUUGUCUUGAACUCUCCUCACAACCCUGUCGGCAAGGUCUUCUCGCGCGAGGAGCUUGAGCGCAUUGGUGAGCUAUGCGUGAAGUACAACUUGAUCAUCUUGUCCGACGAGGUCUACGACCGUUUGUUCUAUGUUCCAUUCACCCGGAUUGCUACCUUGUCUCCCGAGCUAUACGAGCGCACUUUGACCGUCGGCUCUGCCGGCAAGGCCUUCUACGCCACUGGCUGGCGUGUGGGAUAUCUCAUUGGCCCCGAGCACCUGGUCAAGUACGUGGCCGGUGCCCACACCCGCAUCUGCUACAGCAGUGUCUCUCCUCUCCAAGAGGCCGCUGCUGUUGCCUUUGAGAAGGCCGAGACGGAGGGCUUCUGGGAUGAGAGCCGAACGGAUAUGCAGAACAAGAUCAAGCUUUUCUGCGAAGUUUUCGACGAACUCGGUCUUCCGUACUCCGACCCUGAGGGUGGAUACUUCGUCCUUGUCAACAUGGCUGCUGUCAAGCUCCCAGCUGACUACCCCUUCCCUCCCCACGUUGCCAAUCGCCCCCGUGACUUCAAGCUCUGUUGGUUCCUCAUUCAUGAGGUCGGUGUUGCUGCAAUUCCUCCCACGGAAUUCUACACUGAUGCCAACACGCACAUCGCGGAGGAUUAUCUUCGCUUUGCGGUCUGCAAGAAUGAUGAUGUUCUCGAGACCGCAAAGGAGCGCCUGAGAGGCCUGAAGAAGUACAUCCAGUAA